CCCACAAUCGCAUCUUGUGAUUGCGGAAACUCCACCACCGAAGCAGUCACUUUGGGCUGCAAAUAUGACUCCCUGGCCGCUGCUUGGCUUCCCGAGCACUGUCGGGACGACGAGCUGACGGCCGAGUUUGAGCGCUCCGGGCCCGGCCCCGAUGGGCAGUGGACGUACUGGGCUGAUACCGCGCACACGCAAGAAAUCAGCGUCGAAGAGAUUGCGAAGAUGGCAGAUAACCAAGAGGAACUGCGGUUUCAUAUGUCUGGUCAUUGGCAUGUCCUGCAUUGUAUUUUCUACUGGAGAAAGGAGUACAGGGCGCGCUUCAAUGGCAAGAUGGUAGAGCCGCGGUCGGACAAUGAGAAGCAUAUCAAGCAUUGCGGCAAGAUCUUCUUGGAUCCAGGGUAUGGUACUGUGGCUGGGGUUGCGUUGAACACU